UGACCCGCGGGCGGCGCGGGGCGGGGCGGGCGGCGCGGUGCCGGUGUGCGCGCGGCCAUGGCGGCGGCGGCGGAGCGGGGCCGCCUCAGCUUCCCGGGGGGCGCCGGGGCCCUGGGGCGCCCCGUGCCCAUGAACCUGUUCGCCACCUGGGAGAUCGACGGCUCCAGCCCCAGCUGCGUCCCCAGGUUGUGCAGCUUGACACUAAAGAAACUGGUAGUCUUAAAGGAAUUGGAUAAGGAGCUUAUUUCUGUGGUCAUUGCUGUCAAAAUGCAGGGCUCCAAGCGCAUCCUGCGGUCUCACGAGAUUGUAUUGCCCCCGAGUGGACACGUGGAGACGGAACUGGCGCUGACCUUCUCGCUGCAGUACCCUCACUUCUUGAAGAGAGAAGGCAACAAGCUUCAGAUCAUGCUGCAGCGGCGGAAACGGUACAAGAACCGAACGAUUUUGGGCUACAAGACUCUGGCUGUUGGGUCCAUCAACAUGGCUGAGGUCAUGCAGCACCCCACAGAAGGUGGCCAGGUACUAAGCCUCUUCAGCAACAUCAAAGAAGCUGCAGUGAAGGUAGCAGAAAUCUGGAUCUUCUCCUUGUCAAGUCAGCCAAUUGACCAUGAAGACAGCACGAUGCAGCCCAGCCAGAAAAUCAAGUCUACAGACAACUAUUCCGAGGAAGAGUACGAGAGCUUCUCUUCUGAGCAGGAGGCCAGUGAUGAUGCCGUACAGGGCCAGGAUUUGGAUGAUGAUGAGUACGAGCUGGGGAAGCCCAAGAAGCAGCGGAGAUCGAUAGUAAGAACGACGUCCAUAACCAGGCAACAAAACUUCAAACAGAAGGUUGUGGCAUUGCUGAAGAGGUUUAAAGUGUCUGAUGAGGUUCUGGAUUCAGAGCAGGACCCAGCGGAGCACGUCCCAGAGGUGGAGGAGGACUUGGACCUCCUGUAUGACACGCUGGACAUUGAGAACCCCAGUGACAGUGGGCCAGAAAUGGAAGAUGACGACAGUGUCUUGAGCACUCCAAAGCCAAAGUUAAAACCUUAUUUUGAAGGACUGUCGCACUCCAGCUCUCAGACAGAAAUUGGUAGCAUCCACAGCAUCAAGAGCCAGAGAGAGCCAUCAAGUCCUCAGGUAGAAGUGCCUGAAAAGUCAAAGACCCUCGGAACCAAACAUCCAGGCGACAGUAUUUCUGACACUGUAUCUUUUGAGUCCAGCCAGCAAGCUGAGGUUCAAGAAGCUGAGCUUCCCACACCAGAUGUGUUUGUUGAGAAGCUCCCGCCCAGCGGGAAGAUCACCAAGACGGAGUCCCUCAUUAUCCCAUCCACCAGCAGGUCUGAAGGGAAGCAGACGGGACGCCGGGGAAGAAGCACGUCUCUAAAGGAGAGGCAGCCAGUGAGGCCGCAGAACGAGAGAGCGAACAGUCUGGAUAAUGAACGAUCUCCAGACACCCGGCACCACUUACAGAUCCCCAGGAAAACCGUGUACGACCAACUAAAUCACAUCCUGGUUUCUGACGACCAGCUGCCAGAAAACAUUAUUCUUGUCAAUACUUCUGAUUGGCAAGGCCAGUACCUAUCAGAUGUCUUACAAAAGCAUACCUUGCCAGUGGUCUGCACAUGCUCCUCAGCUGAUAUUCAGGCAGCUUUCAGUACUAUUGUCUCCAGGAUACAGAGAUACUGUAACUGCAAUUCUCAACCUCCAAACCCCAUUAAAAUUGCAGUGGCCGGAGCCCAGAAUUACCUCAGUGCUGUAUUGAGGCUCUUUGUAGAGCAGCUGUCUCACAAAACCCCAGACUGGCUCGGCUACAUGAGAUUUUUGAUCAUCCCUCUAGGAUCUCAUCCAGUGGCCAAGUAUCUGGGGUCUGUAGAUUAUAGAUACAACAACUUCUUCCAAGAUCUAGCCUGGAGAGAUCUGUUCAACAAACUUGAAGCACAGACCACUGUUCCAGAAGCACCUGAUGUUGUCUCCAGAAUAACACAGUAUAUAGCAGGGGCAAACUGUGCUCACCAGUUGCCCAUUGCUGAAGCAAUGCUGACGUACAAGCAGAAAAGGAAAAAGAGCUUUCAUUUUGAUUUUACUCUAAGCCCCGAUGAAGAAUCUUCACAGAAGUUCAUUCCCUUUGUUGGGGUGGUGAAGGUUGGAAUAGUGGAACAAUCCUCUGCAACGUCAGGUGACUCUGAUGACGCAGCUCCCUCAAGCUCCAGUGUCCUUUCUUCUACCCCACCCUCUGUGUCUCCUGCUGUGAAAGAAGCCUCCCCCACGCCACCUUCCUCACCGUCGGUCACAGGCAGCUUCUCGUCCUCAAGCCAGAACCUUGGUGCUGAGCUGAUGGGCCUGCAGGUGGAUUACUGGAUUGCAGCUCCACCCGUGGACAGAAAGAGAGACCCGGAGAAGAAGGACCCCUCCACUACCAAAAACACACUGAAAUGCACUUUCCGGUCCCUCCAGGUCAGCAGGUUACCUGCCAGCGGUGAGAUUGCCACCACUCCGACCAUGUCCAUGACUGUCGUGACAAAAGAGAAGAACAAGAAAGUGAUGUUCUUGCCCAAGAAAACAAAAGACAAGGAGGUCGAGUCAAAGAGCCAGUGUAUUGAAGGCAUCAGCAGGUUGAUUUGCACAGCGAAACAUCAGCAGAACAUGCUGCGGGUCCUGAUCGAUGGGGUAGAGUGGAACGACGUCAAGUUCUUUCAGCUGGCAGCACAGUGGUCCUCUCAUGUCAAGCACUUUCCCAUCUGCAUAUUCGGACACUCCAAAUCUAACUUCUAGCCGUGCUCGGCGGAGGGACCUUCUGUCUGUCCCAGGGACUGCACACCAGGAGCCAGGAACUGCGUGCCAACUCUGACUCGCGUCGCUCUGCCCUCUCCUGCAGAAUUAAUUACAGAUGUGCUUGGAUUACUUUUGAAUUACUUUUUUCUAUUAACUCUUAAGUUUACUACAAGGGAAGGAAGCCCCUUUAAACAAAGGCAAAAAAAAACAAAACA